CCGUCCGCACAAUCCAAAGGCGCCCCUGCUCCAACCGUGCAGGAACAAGAAUCCAAGCCCCGUCCGCUCCCCGCUCUGCGUCGUCCACUCGCGCGUCGCGUCGCCCUCCCGCCGCCCGCAUCACCUUCACGUGAGCCUUCGCGAUGCUGCCGGCCUGCCGCUAGUAGUAUAAUCCUCUCCUGCUUUCCUCCGCGCGACCGGGGAGCCAGAGAGCGCGAGCUCCAGAAGCAAGCAAGCGCGCAGGAGAUGGCGGGAGACGACGCCCGGACCGGCGAGGUGGCGCCGGCGGAGGAGGAGCCGCACGUGGAGCGGCUUCCGGCCGACAUCCUCGCGCACGUCCUCUCCCUCCUCCCCUCCUUCCACGACCUCUCCAUGGCCGGGGCGGUGAGCCGGCGGUGGCGCCGCGCGGUGGGCCGGUCGCUGGCGACGCGGCGGCGGCUGAGCCUCGCGGGGCAGCGCACCGGCGACGAAUCCACCGCGCGCCUCGUCCGCGCCGCCGUCAACCUCCGCGACCUCGACAUUUCACGAAGCUGCUGGGGGUGCCACAUCACGGACCAGGGCCUGCUCGACAUCUCCUCGGCGGCGUGCAUCGGCAACCUCACCUCCGUCUCGCUGUGGGGGCUGGCGGGGAUCACUGACAAGGGCGUUGUCCAUCUGGUCUCAAGGGCUCGUUCUUUGCAGCAUCUGAACAUUGGUGGAACAUUCAUCACUGAUGAAUCGCUCUAUGCAGUUGCAGACAGUUGUCCAAAUCUGAAGAGCAUCAUACUGUGGAGCUGCCGCCACGUGACAGAGGCCGGACUAGUAGCACUCGUGAACAAGUGCCCGGAACUGGAGUGCAUCAACGUUGGCGGGAUGCGGGUGUCGCCGGAGAGCUUCGCGGGCCUGAAGUCCAUCAGCCCAGCCCUGCGGAUCAGGUCCAUUCCGCAGAUCCUCAACGCCGACGUGCAGGUCGCUUGAAAGAAAAAAGAAAGACACCGCUGCUAUAUACAGCAGUCCAUCGCUCCAUGGAAAUUACUAUUGAAAGAAAAGGUGAGAAUCAAGUGUUUUAUGCUGUUCUUGAUUCAGGUUGUGUUGAUGUGUUGACAGUGUUGUGCAUAUGUUGACUUGUACAUACAUGUUGUAAAGAAUAAAAGUGUAAGGCAGACAUACUCUGCAAAACUAUGCAUCCGGACUGUUCAAAAAGUUGGAUGUUGUACAGUUACAGAUUCAUUUUCAGUUCAUUUGUGAGAUCAAUUUGACAAUAAGUUCCUUUGA